UAUAUUGGCACAUCUGUCAUUAAUCUUUUUCUGGAAAUUUUGAAGCAGAAUUUCUGUCAACAUCACUGGAGUCGCAGCGCUCGGUGAUCGUUUAAAUUAAAAGUUUACUGUGCUUUCUUCUAACUGCAUCUGUUUGAGGAAUUUUUGCUGUGAGACAGCUCUUUCAAAAUGUUGGAAGAUAUUGUAUAUAGAGCUUCUCAGAUUUUAAUAGCUGUAAGCUCUUUCAUUCUAAAUUUAAUGCUAGCCCUUUUGUAUUGGGGAAAAGGAAAAACCGUACCUAUCAUAAGAAAUCCCUUAUUAAAGAAAUCGGCAUCGAAACUGGCUCAAGAAAUACGCGAAGGCAAACUCAAAAGUGAAGAUGUUGUCCUAGCUUACAUUGAUAGAAUUUUAGAAGUUGAACCUUUCAUCAAUGCCACAGUGAGUCGCUUCUUUAAAGACGCUUUGGAACAAGCAAGGGCAGCAGAUGCACUUGUUGCUUCAGGAAACUAUAGCCAAGAGCAACUUGCAAAUGAAAAACCCUUGUUAGGUGUGCCUUUUACUGUCAAGGUUCUUUUUCAUGUGAAAGGUUUGCCAUGUACAGGCGCAAGUAAGCUAUUCGAAGACCAGAUUGCGACCGAAGACGCAGCUGUGAUUUCAUUAAUGAAAGGUGCUGGUGCUAUUCUAAUUGCGACCACUAAUUCGGCUGAACUGGCAAUGGGCAUAGAAACUGUUAAUAAAAUUUAUGGUAGAACUUGCAAUCCUUAUGAUACAAAUCGAACACCUGGGGGGAGUAGUGGAGGAGAAUCCGCCUUGAUUGCUGCUGGUGGAUCUGUGAUUGGUAUAGGCAACGAUUUCAUGGGAAGUAUUAGGAUUCCAGCUCAUUGCACGGGAAUAUUUGCCCAUAAACCGACAAGAGGACUAAUUCCCACCAAAGGUUCAUUUCCCCCAGAGUAUCCCGAUAAACCACCUCAACCCAUACACGCGCUUUUGCUCCAGUAUGUCUCCGUUGGUCCUCUAUGCCGAUAUGCUGAAGACUUGAGAAUUGCCACGAAAAUUCUAUCGUCUGAGGCUGAAUUGAAAAUGGAUUUAAAUAAGAAGGUUGAUUUAAAAAAACUGAAGAUUUGUUAUUUAUCAAGUAUACGAUGUCCUUUUGUCGCUGAUGUAGAUAAAAACACAGCAGUUGCUCUGAAGCAAGCUGUCACAUUCUUUGAAAAGAAAUGCAGCACAGUAGCCAAGGAAAUAAAGAUGCCUUCUUUCUUUGAUAUCAACAGGUGCUUUUCUGCCCAGCUUCUUUAUAUCAUAAAAGAAUUAAAAAGGGAAAUAUACAGUAUUACGAAUUUUAAGGAAAAUGAAGAAUUCGUGAAAUCUUUAUUUGGAAAAUCUAGAUUGACAUUCACAACAAUAGUAGGAUUAUUUGUGACUUCUUCUUCUUUAUUAUUCAGAGAAGACAGACUUGAUUACUAUGCAAAAAUGCUGAAAGAAUUGAUUGAAGAAUUCAACAAUAUUUUCGAUGAAGACACUAUAUUGUUAAUGCCAACUGCUCCGUACAUUGCACCUUACCAUUAUGGAGCGUUUCCAUUCAUGCUUAGUGUUACCUACACAGCACUUUUUAAUGUAUUUGGACUGCCAGCUACCCAUUGUCAAAUGGGUUUCAACCAACAGAAACUGCCUUAUGGUAUACAAAUUGUUGGUUGCAAAGGCAACGAUGCCCUGACGAUUGCUUGUGCUGUUGAACUGGAAAAAGAAUUCGGAGGAUGGAAGCCGCCCGGAAAAGUGUAGACUACGAAAUGUGCCUUAAUAAAAAAAUGUCCCAUAUCAAAUGCCAAUGUCUUAUUCUUAUCAAUUUCCGAAGUUUGUCCUCUGUUACAUUUACGCGAUCAAAGUGAAGUUUGAGAAUAGGAAGGUACAGUUCGUUUUAGAAUCCCGAGACGACCACUUUUCGACGAUUCUAUCUCAUUAAGGUGUGAGACGCGGAAGGAUGGGCGCAUUUCCGAGAUUAACCUUUGAUCUUAAAUCCCCUCAAUCUGUCACAUGUAUGUCAGUGUUGUGUCGUUUCGUUUCUGAUAGCAUUUUAUUUUAACUCAAAACUGC